AAGUGGAAACGAAACAAACCCUUUCCUCCCCAAGUCACAUUUGUCUGUGGGGCUUCAUCACCGCAGUAGUCACGGAAGUAAGACCAUUAGGAACCUCGGUGUGAGGAGUAAGUUACUUUCCUCGGCAUUGCUGACCACAGAGGCCUUGGCGGCGGCUGAAACAGUAAAGGCUUUGCCACAGCUGUCAUGGCUGAUGAAGGUUUAGUCACUUAGAGCCACUCCUUAGUUCCGGUUACAGCUUUCUCACCCUGUGGCUGCUCUCCACACUCGGGUGCUGUGUCACCGAGAAGCACCGACGGGGACAGGGUUAACAACAAACUGAGCUGCAAGCCAUAUAUGGAGAAAUCCAGCUCGAGAGUUUCACAACGACUCAACGUUCUGCUUUCAGACUUCUCCAGCUGAGGUCAACUGUGCUUGGUGGGGCUGGUCACAAAGAACCCAAGUGCUUCAGAUGUAGCUCGGAGGCAGAGCCCUUGCCCAUCACAAUCGACCCUGGGUUCAACCUUCCAGCACAGAAGAAAAGGUCUGAAAACAGAACCAAGCAUUCUAUCAGAACCCAGGGGCUCUGGGUUCUAGGUCCAACCGCAGCCAGAGGCAUCAUGCAGGCCACCCUUGCUAUGAUGGUCUGGAUGGCUUCUUCCGUUUCUAGUUCUUCAUAUACCGCAAGUACUUUGCCAGAUAUAACCAAUGAGGAUUUCAUCCAACAAUGUGUUCAAAUCCACAACCAGAACCGGUCCAGAGUGAAUCCGACAGCCAGGAACAUGCUGUACAUGUCUUGGGACUCAGACCUAGCCCGCAUUGCAAAAUCGUGGGCAAAAGUUUGUCGGUUUGAACACAAUCCACGGCUGAAAUCACGGCUGCACCCGAACUUCACCACAGUGGGAGAAAAUAUCUGGACUGGAUCUUUAAGUCUCUUUUCAGUAUCUUCAGCCAUCUCAUCCUGGUACAAUGAAGUCAAGUACUAUGACUUCAGGACUAGGAGAUGCACGGGUGUCUGUGGUCAUUACACUCAGGUUGUUUGGGCAGAUAGUUACAAGGUUGGCUGUGCGGUGCAAUUUUGCCCUAGAGUUGGUAACUUUGAAAAGCUUUCCAAUGGAGCACAUUUUAUAUGCAACUAUGGACCAGCAGGAAAUUACCCAACGUGGCCAUACAAGCAAGGAACCACUUGCAGUGAUUGCCCAAAGGAUGACAGGUGUCUCAACAAUCUCUGCAUUAACCCACGAAGAGACGGUGUCUCACGUUACUACUCUGGCGACUACCCAGGAAGGCCCAUAUAUCUACGGAACAGAUACACAUCUCUCUUCCUCAUUGUUAAGGCAGUCCUUCUCUUACUGUCGGUUAUAAUUACCAUUUUGGUAAAGCACAAAUACCCUAAUUUAGUUCUUUUGGACUAAUGCCAUCGUUGGCAGGCAUCUUAUAAGUGGCUAUUGUAAAACAUUUGAGAAAAAUGUUUUAAUAAAGACUUAGAAGGACCGCUUAGUUUCCUAAAUGUACAAAGAGGUAAACUCUUACGAAUAAGGACUGUCUAGGUUGCCACAGGUAGGCUUUCAGCAAGAAACAGAUUCCCUGGGGUUCAGAUUUGCAGAAUACAUCUUUGGUAAAAACACCUGCUGCUCUUGUGGAGGGCCUGGCCUCUGUGGGCACA